GGUGGGGGAGGCGGGGGAUAGGGUGGGUACGGCGGGUAUGGAUAGGGAGGAUGGUAAUAGUCACCCGAUGCCUGCCCCUCUGGUGGCCUCGACUGAGAUUCGUUGUCAGGAUCGUCCCUCGUUGUGGAUGCUGGCAACGGUCUGUCUCUGGAAGCAGGUUCCUCUCCCCAUGAGCGAUAGGGCGAAGCAUAGUAGCUUCCCGAUGGUGGCGGCGGUCGAGGAGGAGAUCUUCCGUGGGAGUACGCAUCCCAGUCAGGUCUCCUCGCAGGCGACGAUGGAACAUCCGGGGGUGGGCGAUAGUGAGUGCCGGGGUAGGGAGGAGGCGGUGGGCGAGGAUGCUGGGCGGACGGUGGUGAAUGGUAGCUUCCCGAUGGAUAAUAAUAACGCAUAGGAGCGUAGGUAGACGGCGAGUAUCCGGCCUGUGGGGGGAAGUAAGGCCUUGGCCUUCUGUAUUGUUCCCAGGAAUCGGGGCACCUCGCAGGAGACACACCCGCAGCAGGUGCAUGAGAAUCAAGGCUAUGAGACCGCCCGUGUUGCGCCACAGAGUGAUGAACUGGUGGCGAUUUAGGUGUUACAAAGGUAGGCCCCGUUCCUUGGGGUUCAUCGUGUCGUCUCGAUGAACGUUCGUCGUCAUGCUUGGAAGAUUCUUGUUUAGCUGGAAGCUUCUUGUCUUCUUCAUCUGUGUGAACUCCGUCAUCCUCCGUAUCAUCAACAGCACCGUCAUUGCCUGUGGCUUGUCCCUCAUCUUUUGGCGGCGCAAAAGCAAACGGAUAGUCGUAGAUGAGGGCUUCGCCCGAAGACGAACUCGCGGGUUGGUCUAACGGCAGAGGUUCCAAUGACUCGCUCGAACUGCUUCUGGUGAGGCCCAAUCCCAAAGUAACCCCAGAAUCAGCCCCAGGUUCUUUUAGACCUCUUUGACGACGACGUCUUUCCCUUCGCAGCUUGACCUUCGACUUGGUGCUGCUCCUGUAUUCUGCAUCGAAAUGGGUGAGUUCGGCUCAACUUUUCGAAUACGCAAUCAUCCUUUAUGGCUGGAGUACGUACCCGUAUGGAGAAUGUCCCUGAACCUAGAGUACGAAUAAGAGGAACAAGGGAGGAGUCAGUUUUGUUCACAGACAGGUCACUAUCCCUCGUAGUGGAAAGCAUUCGACAUUGAACGUACCCUUGCCCAAUCUUUUGAAGAACAUCAACGAGUUGCAUUGGAACACAAAACAGUUAGCCACGACGAAACAGCUUAACGUCUUCACUCGAUUAAGCUCAGGGCGAUUUCGUACCUUUUCCUUUGCCACAUGUUCGGGCACAUCUACCCAUUUUCCGUCGUCCUGUUUGCGAACGAAACGGCUUGUUGCUUGGAACUCCUCCAGCAAACUAUUGACAACAGCAGUCUUCUGUUGCUUUGAUGUGGCGCCUUUGUACUUUUCAACAUUGUCAGCGAUAAUCCCACGAAAGCGAACAUUACCGGCAUGGUUAAACGCAGAUCUACCUCUGGAUAGAAGGUGCAAAGCAGAGUUUAGAACACGGCAUUUUCAGAGAUAAUCAGAGGUAGCUAUCUUUAGGAUGCAUCAUCCACAAAGCUGGGCUGGUAAGAACUGCCUGAAGCUACUUUUAAAACCUACCUUGAGCAGAUCACAUCAGCCUCUGUGGGUUCAAAACCAGGUUCAAGUGGAGUCAUCUAGCAUUUGGCGAUCUCCUACAACUUAAUGCCUUCAAAGCAUCUACAAGGCACGCCAUGGAUAGCAGCACUUUGUGCAUCUGAUCUCCACCAACGAUCACGAGAGAAAAAAUGAGAUUGUUGCGGAAGAUUUGCUUCUUUCAUCCCGAUUGUACAGUGGCCUCGAGAAAGCGAUGCGAUAUGCUGUCGAAGCGUAAGACCUGGUUGAUUACAACAACCUUCCCAGAUGGUACGAGACUCUCGUCGUGCGCUGUGGGGUCAUCCUUUGCAUACCAGCAAUAGAUAGGAACGGCAACAGGUUACAUAGAUGUGUUGACUCGUGGAGAGCCCACCCGCGUGAUACUCGUGACAGUUAGCAGCCCAGCAUCCUCGCAGGAGACAACCACGAAUGGAAUAGCGCCCAACUACUUAGGCGUGACGGCUUGUCCGUGGGAUCAAAUCGGAAUGGUUUAGGAGAGGACAACAAAUUUGGGAGAUGACGGGUAGAUAAAUUGCCAGAGUGACAGAAGCCUGGAAGAUAUUAGCCUCGCUCGCAGCUCAAAGAAGUGUCUAUUACUCCGUGUGGCGCCGGUACCACCACAGUGCCACGGUGACAGCCACUUGUUCGAGUACUACCCUGUACUAGAGGCCUCGAAUGUCGCCGUCCUCUGCAGGCAUUGCUCUGGAAUCAGCUUCUGCCAGGAGGCUACCGGUGUAUUUCUACGAGAUUGGCUACUGACUUCACUGUAUAAGCAUAGGCUUGGCUCCGAGUGUGAGCAGUUUUUUGAAACCUUAGGUUUUAUUGGCUGCAUCUUGGCUGUGCUGUACUUCGCGCCAUAAUUCAGAGGGCCCGAUACGGGUCCCCAACGUGAUGCCAAAAGGCCAGAUUGCAGCGAACAAUCAAGCUGAGAACGUGAGAAGAGUUGAGCUGCCGCUAUUAGCGCGGCAAGCAAGGUGGCUACUGAGUUUGCUUCCUCAUCAUUAGAUUGCAUACAGCCCAGUGCGUCUCUUCACAAGAAUGGCGAAAGACUGUUGCGGUGCUUCUUGCCGCCCAGGUCAGAUGGCCACGGUACCUGCACAUGUACCGGUAGCAGUUAAUCGAAGACCAGUUGUGACUUUUUCUUCCCGUGGCCGAGCCAAAGAGGGAGAGCAAUGAGGAAUAGCCAGCAGACCAAGCCAAUUGGUGCUUGUGGGCUGGUCGGCACGCACCCCUGGAAGCAGCAUUGAAGAGAACGUAGGUGGGGUAUUAUGUUUCGUAUAAAUAUCGUUACUAAAACUAUAAACACAAUAUUAUUUUCCUGUACUACCUUUCCUACCUUUUCCACUGUCUCGUUUUCAAAGUUCCAUGGGGCGAAUGGAGAACGGCCUACGCUUGGAAAUCAUGUGCAUCACAUGCGUGGCGAUAAGGUAGAUAUGGUAAAGUUGUAGAUCAAGUGAACAUAUAGUAGUAAGGAAAAGGCAUGACAUUACCUCAACUACCGUUAUGAAGCCGUCUUCUUGAAAGCAAACCCCGGUAAUUUAUUUUGCCUCCCUGUAAGGCCAAAACAACAACCCAAAGGGUCACGGAACGAUCGUACUGUUGUCCUGUUUCCUCUCCCCUUUCCGAGUGGUUGCAAUGAGUCGAGUCCGCUCUGCUUCAGCAUCGCGUAAGACUUCCAUCGUGUUCGCUGCCUCUCUCUCUAGCUGGCUAGCAGUCAUAGUCAAACACAACCGCAUCAGCAACAACCGAAAACCUAUCUAGUGAUCGCAUUGGUAGAGAGAAGACAUGCGAGGCGAAGAUAGGGUGGCCGCCAACAGGGCCACUUCCAUGCAAGUCCUGGCAGACAACGCAGCAAGAGCUGAGGCACAAGGGAAUGUGGUGUACAGAUUACUGAAAAUCUGUGUCCUACUUGCCACUUUCCUUGUGGCGGCAUUCUCCUCAAUACUGCUUCUAGUGGAGCUAGUCUUUGGCAAAGGGGAUAUGAACAACACCAAGCACUUUGAAACGCUUCACAAUCCCUAUAAGAGGAUAACGGAAGAAACUAUCCCGACAGUUCAACACUGGUACCAAAACCUUGAUAACACGGAAGAUCUGUUGUUGAUGAAUGGCAGCAGAAGCUGGCCAGAAUUGGACCAAAACAAUUAUGACACUCCAUGCAUUGAUGACUUCUUCCAGACUUUGAAGGGCACUACAAAUCAUACAACACCUGAUCUCAUCAAACUGGCUCUGCACAUGAUGGGUCUUUCACACAGUGCUGUGGUUCACCAGCACUUGAGAGAGCUGCUUACUUCAGAGAAGGAACUUUCCUCCUUGUAUGAAGAUUCCUCAUCUUGUCUUCAGUCCAAUGCUGCCAUUGCCAAGAUUGCUUGUGAAGCGAGGGGUGGAGUUGAUUCAAUUGACUCUGAGUUGCUAGAGUACUUGAUCAAUGAAGCAGCAGUGCUGGAUGCCCUUACUCUUGCCAUGUAUGAGGACCUAUCAGUUGUAUCGGAUGUUGUCCAAAUUCUCCUUGAUAGCAAAGAAACAGUGGAGGCAUACAUUGAUGUGGCAUCAGCUUCAAUUGACAAGCAUGAGUUUCUUACAAACAAAUUUGAAGGCAUUGUCCACCUGUUGAGAGGCUCAAUAGAGCUCUUAGCAACCAACAACAUUGAUGGUGCACAGGCUAUGGUGGGAGCGCUGCAGAAGAACAUCCUUGAGGCUGUAAAGCUUGACAUUGUCAAUGGAUUUGAAGCCAAUGCUCGUGUUGGUGUGGCACUAGCUGCAAAUGUUCAAUUUGCUCCUGUGAUUGAGGAUCAUAAACAAAAAUGGCCACUUGGAGAGCACUGGGUCAAUGCAUACAUAUCAUGGAAUCUGGCAUUUGUUGCUUCUCUUGGGAAUAUCUUGCCCAGCAAGCUGCUCAUUCCCUCUGUAGCCUGCACGGCUAAGCACAAUCACGGUGAAGACUUUAUCCAUCGCAGGACAGUUUCUCUUGCGGCGUCAUACCUCUAUUCAACAAUGUACAAUAAGGAAAUUGAUGCACAUGACCUUGGCAUAGAUGGAGGUGCGGACAAAAUCCAAAGAAUCCAACAAGAGUUAUUCAGCUUGAAAAGACAAACACCAAACCCUCCACUUGUUCAAAUGUUGGGGCAUGCCAACAUGGAAAAUGUUGUCCUCACCAAUCCAUCACCAGGCAGAGUUGAAGAGAUGCUGUUUGAUCUAUGUGGGACCUUCUGCCAUGGCCUUGAUCAAUGGCAAGUGAGCCAAACAACUCCUUUGGAUGAGCUGGAGAAUGAUGACUACCAAAUCUAUGUGUCUCUCAUUGUCUGGGCAACAAUCAUGUUUUCUGGCAUUGGAUUGGAAAUUUGGUUUUGGUGGAAUUUCCUCAGAUCAGGUUGGAAUGAGAAACUGCAGUCAAUGUGGAGAUUCGCCCAAUUGGCAUUCCCUUUGCUGGCCUUGAUCACUUUUGGCCUUGCUUUGCACCAAAAUUUUCUUGCACUGCUAUUUCUGGUGAUGAGCCUAUUCAAGUUUGGAUUCUCAGAGGUCAUCCUACACAUGUACUCUGCCAUCUAUUCAAAUGGUAAAGGAGCAUUCAGCAGGGUUGGUGACUUCUUGGAUUCUGCUGGACUAAUGCUUCAUCAUGGUUCUGCAAGUUUGGUGAUUAGUAUUCUGCUGACGGGGGUCCUGCCACCAAAUCGUCAUGCAAUUGAUCCUAUUUUGGUGUUGAUUAUUCAGCACUGGUUUGUUUUGCUUGAACCUCUAAACCAGCAGGCAUAUAUUGCUGUUGAGUGUCUUUUGGAGGUCUGCUUUGAAUGGAUUGUUGUGUCCCAGUUUGAGGUCUAUGCUUACAAGCUUCAUUGGACAGUUCCCAUCGCAGCUGCUGGGAUGUUGAUAUCCCAUUGGAUGUACAUUGGUGCGGGUCUUCUGAGGUUUUCAUCAGGCAGCGACAUUUUGGAAAAACAGAACAUGGUCAUGCCUGAGGUGUCUGAUCCUUUUGUUGCCAAAGUGCCAAACCAAAAAGAGCCGAACCAAAAGACAUUUCAUGACCAGGUUGCAGGUGACGUAAACGAAUCAACCCAGGAAAUCUCAUUUUUGUCGGAGGAUCUAUGUGAACCCUUUUGUUUUGAUGACAAUCCUGGUGGCUCAGAUGCUGUUAGUGUAGCAACAAUAGAUGUAUAGAAUAGCCGCUUUUCACUGGACUGUUACAACUAGCUACUUCGG